GUAGCGUCUAGAACUGUACAAAGAGAUCUACUCCCUCCCCCACGCAGCUUCAGCACCACAAUGCUCACAGCGCAACGAGAGUGGGUGCCCUAAAUGGUGUACGAGUAUGAGGAAAUAUUUUUAUUUGAUCCUUGGCGAUGAUCAGUCGACCUUUUUCAGGGAUGUGUCACGCUUUUGGAAUAUGGAUUUUAUCGUUUUGAUUUCUGUGGCUGUGAAAUGGAAAUGAUGCAUUUUAGUGAACCGGGGAUGACAAAGAGAAAUGGAUACCGGGACUGGAGGUGGCUUGCGCUAUGGUGGCAUUAUUCCUUUCUCUUAUGGAGUACAAUAGACGGACAGAUUCGUUACAGCAUACCAGAGGAGCUGAAACAGGGAUCUGUGGUAGGAAACCUUCCAAAAGAUUUAGGUUUUGGAUUAUCAGAUGUACUUGAUCGUAAACUGCGCGUUGAUGCUGAGGCUGACCAGCAGUAUUUUACUGUAGAUGCGGGAAAGGGCGAGCUGGUGGUGAACAACAGAAUAGACCGAGAGGCAUUAUGUGGAGAUAACGUAAUGUGCGUGUUACCUCUGCAGAUUGUAGCAGAGAAUCCACUACAGCUGCAUCGAAUAGAAAUUGAAAUAAAGGACAUUAAUGACAAUUUUCCGAUUUUUUCAACAGAAGAACGCUUUCUAAAGAUAGCAGAAUCUACCGCCACGGGUAUACGUUUUCCUUUAGACACUGCACAGGAUCAGGAUGUUGGCAGUAACUCCAUAAAAUCUUACACUCUGAGUAAAGAUGAGUGUUUUAGUUUAAGGGUUAAAGAGCUGCCCGGUAACCGAAAAGUGCCUGAGUUAAUAUUAGACAAAUCCCUCGACAGAGAGAAACAAGGUGUUCAUCAGUUAUUACUGACUGCGAUAGACGGAGGAACCCCUGUCAAAACUGGAACCACAAAAGUCACAGUUACAGUACUCGACAACAACGACAAUGUCCCCGUUUUCACGAGACCGCUGUUUAAUAUAUCUGUGCACGAAAAUAGUGUUGUUGGUUCUGUUCUGGUCAAGGUUGAAGCCACGGACGCAGACGAGGGUGUUAAUGGAGAGAUUGAAUACGUUUUUGCUGAGCACACCCCUCGAUAUAUAUUGUCCGUUUUUAGUUUGCACCCAGAUACUGGGGAAAUUUUCUUGAAAGAAUCAUUAGAUUAUGAACACAGUGCGGUGCACGAACUAGAGAUCACUGCAAGGGAUAAAGGUGUUCCAAAGAUGGAGGGUCAUUGCCGUGUACAAGUAGUGGUCAUAGACAUUAAUGACAAUGUCCCUGAAAUAGUUCUCACUUCAAAGCCAAAUCCAGUUCGUGAGGACGCGUCAAGAGGUACUGUGGUAGCUCUGAUCAGGGCACGUGACCUUGAUUCCGGGGACAACGCAAAAGUAACAUUAAAACUGCCAAAUGGAUCGCCCUUCACUUUGAAACCCUCAUUUUCCAACAAUUAUGCUCUUGUUACAAAUGCAAUUUUGGACAGAGAGAGCUGCUCCGAGUAUAAUAUUGAGAUUACAGCUACAGAUUCAGGUUCACCUGUCUUGUCAAGUAAGAAAAAUAUAUUGGUCACAAUCAUUGAUGUGAACGAUAACUCUCCUCAAUUUACUCUGUCGUCUUAUAAUGUAUAUGUAAAAGAAAACGGAGUACCAGGCUCUAUACUGUAUUCAGUAUCAGCUUCUGACCUGGAUUCAGGUGAAAAUGCGAAAAUCUCUUACUCCAUACUGGACUCUAAAGUGCAGGACGUUUCUGUAUCUUCUUAUGUUUACAUUAACUCGGAUAACGGCAGCAUCUACAGCAUGCACUCGUUUGAUUAUGAGAAAAUGAAGGUGUUUGAGAUUCAGGUCCAGGCAAAGGAUCAGGGCUCUCCGUCUCUCAGCAGCAACGCCACUGUCCAUGUUUUUAUCCUGGACCAGAAUGACAACGCCCCCGCUGUUAUUUACCCCUCCUCCGCUGUCCUGGGCUCCCUCUCUCAUCAGAGGAUGCCCCGCUCCGCUAAAGCGGGUCACCUGGUCACAAAGGUGACGGCUGUGGACGCAGACUCGGGCCAUAACGCUUGGAUCUCUUACAAACUGGCGGAGGCCACAGACGCCUCUCUGUUCACCGUCAAUCUGUACACAGGAGAGGUGAGGACUAAACGCGCUGUGUCCGAGCAGGACGACUCCUCUCAGAGGCUGCUCAUUGAGAUCAGGGACGACGGAGAACCGGUCCAGUCCGCCACCGUCACGGUGUCCAUCCUGAUGGAGGACGGGCUCCACGAACCCAUCUUAGACCUGAGACAGAAAGCGGCCGAGCCCAGCAAGAAAACUGGCAGAAUCACCCUUUAUUUGAUUCUGUCUCUGGCCUCGGUGUCCGUGUUGUCUCUGGUGACUUUUCUCAUCUUAGCGGUGAAAUGCAUCAGGAGCAGCAGGAGCAGCGGGAGCUGCUGCACGAGACGGAGUGACUGUGAUGAUUACAAGAACCCCAACAGAAACCUGCAGAUUCAGCUCAACACUGACGGACCCAUAAAGUACGUGGAGGUCCUGGGAGGAGACAUGUUGUCUCAGAGUCAGUCCUUCAGGUCCUGCAUGUCUCCAAUGUCGGAGUACAGCGAUUUCACUUUGAUCAAACCCAGCAGCACCACAGACUUUAAGGAGGUGAUCAGUGUGUUGGAUGCGUCUUUACCCGACAGCACCUGGACCUUUGAGAGCCAGCAGGUGAGCAGAUAA